ACAGGUGUUUAAUAACUUUCACGUGUCCUUUAACUGUUGAUGUUGUUUCUUUUAUGUUUGUUUCUUGUGCCUUGUGUUGCCUGCUCAUGAAUCGCCUCCAUUUCCAUUACACACACACAUAUACACUCUAGCCAAUACGUAUAAUGCGCGAUCGUCUUGCCUCUUUGAUUGUGGUGAAGCAAGAGGCGACGGCGUCGCUAAGCCACAGCUGCGACAACAAUAACAACAACGAUAGCAACAAUAACAAUAACAAUAACAAUAAUAGUAUACCCAUUGAAAAUGAACAAAUGCUGCCACAGCAGCCGCAUCAAACAGUGAAACUUUUGCUGCCAUCGCCGGCCAUCAAGUGUCAGGAGUCCUUGUAUACACUGCCCUACGAGAGCAACAUCUAUUAUGAGGUCAAUAACAACUGCUACUAUAGGCAGAAUCUGAACACUGAUUCGAAGUGCGUAACUUUUCCGGCAGCGAUCUAUCCCUGUCGCAACCUCUUUCCCGACGGCUGCGAUAUUGGACAUUUGGCUUGCUCCUCCGGCUCCUCCGGCUCCUCCGUCUCCUCCGUCUCCUCCGGUUUAAUUCGCGCGCAGCAUUUGGCAGGCUCUGCUGGGCUCCACUCGAAUAGCAGUAGUUGUUGGCACAGUAACGGAACACAGACUUGUAUGUAUGAGAGACUCCCUUCGAUAUUGGUGAUGGUUCAGGUGGUGGAGGCGGUGCUCGUUGCUUCUAAUUACUACGCGCACGUUGCGUAUGUGCAACAUUACGCAUUCUGCCAAAAGCGCUGCGUAAUGGCGAAGAAAAAGAUUUGUUUGAUGCAGCUGCUGCAUUAA